UAUUUUAUCUCAUUUCCAUGAAGUUUAGUGCAAAUAUGCAUCAUUCUCUUAUCUUACUAUAAAGGUAACACAUAACAAGUGUCUUUUUCCACUUAAUGAGCAUAUUAGUCGGCCAUGAUUGGACUGCUGUGUUUUAUUGUGUAUUCGUGCAUUUGUGCUGCGUAUGGAGAGACAGACUGCUCCACUUUGCCCAAUGGUCAUUAUAACAUAGGAUGCAAAGUUUUCGACGUUUGUACCAACCACGUGCUAACAACAGUAGAAUGUGUGCCGGGUAAAGUCUACAAUAACGUUACCAGGAGAUGCGACGAUGAACGUGUCGUGGCACCCCCUUGCGGUCGCGUGAGGGACUGUUCCACUAGAGCUGACGGAUCUUAUCCUGACCUCUUAUUGAACUGUACAUCCUAUUUCACAUGCAGCCAUCAUAUCUACUUCGGACACAACUUCUGUACACCAGGUACAGUGUUUGAAAAGACAUUGGGUACAUGCGUGUGGCCUGAUGACGCCUACAGACCAUGUGGAAACAAAGUUUGAAAUGAUUUGAACAUUGAAAAAUAGAAUUUCUGAGUUAC